CGAGCGAUCAGCUGCCCUAGCCUCCGCCCGCUUACCCUUCGCUUUUCGCGUUCGCAUGAGCUCGCUCGCUCCGCUGCUCAGCCUCGCCCUUCUCCUCCCGGCCGGAGCCCUCUUGGUAUCAGCGCCGGCGGCGCGCAGCGCUGGAGCUGCGGCGGGGCAGCGCAGCGGCAGCCGGCCACUCAUGCAGACCAUCGAGGAGGCUGCUUCCGCCGCCCAGCCGGUGCUAUGGUCCCCCGACAAGGUGGCCGACAUCCGCAUCGAGGGCGGCAAGACGCUCAAGACCUUUAAGAUGCCGGCGCACGCGGAGCGCGUGCAGUACAUGCUCAAGUCUCCCAACGGUCGGCCGAUCAAGGCCAAGGUGGAGCUGUGGAUCGGACCCAACCGGUGCGUGCACGAGUUCAUCUACGAUUGCAUGGACGGGCUCGCCUUCCCCAUCAAGGCGACGCUGCAGUUCAAGAAGCUGAGCCCCGUGCUCAAGGUCUCGACCAACGGCGCCUACGAGUUCCCUCUCGAGUGCGGCGUCUUCGUGCCCUCGCCCGACGAGUCCAAGACCAUCGGCCAGAUCACCGAAAACAUGUUUUACACGGCGCCGAUGAAGGACCGCGUGCAGGGCGGGAUGAACUACGGCAAGGGCUCCUCGGGCGGCGCGAUCCGCGACUUCGACAUCGACCCCACCUGGGACAAGACACAGAUCAUGGUCUGGUCCAAGGAUGCGGGCAAGAAGUCCUUCAAGACUAACAUCGAGAUCCUGCAGGGGCCUAACAACCAGAAGCAGCACCUCAACCUCCGCUGCGGCGGCUCGACGCAGCCGUACCAUGCCGUCAUCAACACGCCCGGCGCCGGGUGGAAAAUCCGAUGCAACUCCAAAAAGUUCCUCGAGGACGGCCUUUUCGAGAUUGCAGUCGCGCCGUACGGGGAGGUUGGCGACGGCUCCUCUCCCGGGGUGCUCCUCGGCUCCGGCGGCUUCUAGUCCGGCGCCUUGCCGCGCGGCGGCGGGCUCGCAGCGGGCGGCGGCGAGCGCGGCGCUCGGGUGGCGCGGCGGGACGGCGGGACGGCGACCCCCUCGGGGGCUAUGGGCUUGCGCAGAGACUCUGGUCCACGCGUGACGCCUGUAGUAGAGCCGUACUACACGCGUGUUCCACGCCAUCGCCACGGCGCACCCUGCGCUCCCCCUCCCGAGUCUCGCGCUUAAUAAGUAAAAUAUAUACCGCCGUCCAUGAUCUGUGUGCGGUGAAUUCGUGAAAUCUCCACGUGCGCCCGCGGCCCAAAGCCCAUACGAUAAUAAGCAUAUAUAAAC